ACAAAAGUCAAAAGUUAAAACGUCGAAGUUGUUUUUACAAGGCAGUGUUUGAAUGGUUUGAAUGUCGCAGUUUUGGCGGAAUUUUGUUGUAAACAUAAAUAAGAAAUAGUUUCAAAUGGCAUUUGAACCGAUAUUAGAAGAUAUUGACGGAUUAAUAGUUAGUGUACGUGUUCGUAAUUUCUUUUGCCACGAAAACUUGGAGAUUAAUUUGAACCCAAACGUGAAUUUUAUAGUGGGCCGCAAUGGGAGCGGCAAAAGUGCUUUAUUGAGUGCUUUAGUUGUUGGUUUAGGAGGAAGAGCAGCCGAUACAAACAGAGGAAGCAGUUUGUCUACAUUCAUAAAGAAAGGGACAAACUCAGCAACAGUAGAGAUAAAGAUAAAGAACAACAGCCCGAACGCGUACAAACACGAUGUGUACGGCGACUACAUCACAGUGGUGCGCACUAUCAACGCUUCUGGCGGGUCCAGCUAUAAGGUGAAGGCGGCCUCAGGUGAGGUGGUAUCCACGAAGUAUGAAGAAGUAAAUGCAAUAAUACUCGCACACGACAUCCAAGUGAACAAUCCAAUAUCAGUACUGAACCAGGAUGACGCCAGGAGUUUUCACAACCCAGACAAAAAAACAUCAGAUUCCAAGAAGAAAUACUCGUUCUUCAGGCGAGCGACCAACUUGGAUCAAACCAUGGAAAAUUACGAGAAAGCUCAGGAGGGCUGUAACAUGGCCACCUUAAAAUGGAACAGGAAGAAAGAUGCUUGUGCAGAACUAGAAAAAGAAUACAAAAAAUGGAAAAUGAGCUAUGACCAAUUGCAAUCGCGCGACGAGGUGGAGUCUCAGAAGAAAAAGUUGCAAAACGAGUACUACUGGAGCGAGAUAGCGGAGCUCGAGCGCGACUACAACGACAUACAGAGAGAAUACGACAAGUCGCAGGCGAAGAUAGACAAGAUGAUGCGUAAGCUUCACCAGAUGAAUGAUACCUUCGGUGGCAGUAACGCGAUUAUUGAGGCACUAAAGAAUAAAAUGGAAGAAAAAAAGCAGGAGAAAGCGGUGUACCAGCAGGAAUUACAGGAGUUGGAGUCCCAGGCGCGAGAGACGCAAACGAGCCUGCGCAGUGCACACCAGGCCACUGCUAAACAACAAGAGCUGCUCAAACGCGAGCGCAGGAAAGUGACAGACCUCGAGCGAGAGAUCAGCAAUAUCGAGAGCGGCGGCGCGGCGGCGGAGCGCGGGCGGCUGGAGGCGGCGGCGGAGAGCGCGCGCGCGGCGGCCGGCAGCGCGCGCGCCCGCGCCGACACCGCCGCGCACCACGCCGACCAGGCCCGCCACCACGCCGCGCACCAGGCGCAGCUGCACGACCGCGCCGCCGCGCACGCGCAGCGCCAGCGCGAGCGGCUCAAACAAUUGAAGCAGGAGUACCGCGAGCUGGAGUCCCGCGGGAACAACUCCCUGGCGGUGUAUGGCAAGCACAUGGUGGAACUGUGCCUGGAGAUACAAAAGGCCGUCGCCAGGGGAGAGUUCAGCGCACCACCUAAAGGACCAGUAGGUUCUUACCUUAAAGUGAAAGAAAAGGAAUGGGGAGGUGCGUUAGAACACAUCCUCGGAGGCACUGUCCGGUCCUUCUGCGUCAACACUGCAGAAGACUCGCGGAAACUGUUCGACAUCAUGGGCAGGGUGUACGGGCGCGCGGCCAAGCCGUCGGUGACGUGCAGCAAGUUCCUGCCGGCGCGGCACGACGUGUCGCGGCACCGCGUGCGCGCCGCCGGACACGCCUGCGCGCUCGACGCGCUGCACGUGCCCGACGUCGUCGUCGCCAACCACCUCAUCGACAGCCUCGGCCUCGAGGCCAUCCUGCUCGUGCGCGAACACAGCGACGCCAUUCGAUUGUCGGACAACGCGGAGAACGUGCCGGUGAACUGCGCCAAGAUAGUAACGCUGGACACGACCGAAUACCACCCGGCGCCCAACUACCGCAGCUAUGGCGGCAAACGGCGCGAGAGCCAGUACCUGCAGGUCAGCACUGCUGAGAGGAUAAGACAAGUGCAAGCGGAAAUCGAAGAAGCGGAAGCUCACCUGCGGAAGCUGGAGGAGCGCGCGGCGGAGCUGAGCGCGGAGCUGCGGCAGGCGCGCGCGGCCGAGCGCGGCGCGGCGCACGAGCUGGAGGCGCUGCGCCGCGCCGCGCACGACGCCGCCGAGGCGCAGCGCCGCGCCGCCGACCGCCUGCAGCAGCUGCACGCGCCGCACCACGCCGUGCUGGUGGAGGAAUUAAAUGUGACCAAGAACAAAGUAGAAAGUCUACAGGAACAAUUGGAUGUUCUAUUGGAUAAAGAGCAGCAGUGUAAACAGAGAGCGGACGAAUUGGACGAGAGGAUAACACAACUCAAGGAAAAAGUAGCUAAAGCCAAUAAGGAGUGCAGAAUUCUAAGUGAAGAAAUAGACCAGGAGCAGAUGAAGGUGGAUAGAGGCAUGUCGGAGCGCGCCAUGUACGAGCAGCGCGUCAACGAGGACAACGCCAAGCUGGCGCGGGUGAAGGACAUCCUCGAUGAGAAGCAGGCCGUCAUCAGCAAGAAGACCGAGCAGGCGCUCAAGCUGUGCCCCAAGGUCGACAACGCCAGGGAGAAGAGUGUAGUGACAGACGAACUGAAGAAGAUCCAGCAGAAGCUGAGCUCGAUCCGCAGCGACGGGAUGAGCAAGGCGCAGGUCGCCGAGCGGCUGCUGGACGUGCAGACCAAGUACAACAAGACCACCCAGGACCUCAACCGACUGCAGACCCUCAUACACGAGAUCAAGGACGCGAUCAGCAAGCACCUGAAGUACUGCCACCUCGUGCAGACGCGCAUCGCCGCCCGCGCGCAACACUGCUUCAACUCCAUGCUCACGCUGCGCGACUACACCGGCAGCAUGGACAUCGACCACGUGAACGGCACGCUGGAGGUGUGGUGCCGCGGGCGGCAGGCGGAGGGCGCGGGUGGUGCGGGGGGCGCGGGGGAGGGCGUGUCGGCGCUGUCGGGCGGCGAGCGCUCCUACUCCACCGUGGCCUUCAUCAUGGCGCUGUGGGAGUGCGUCGACCUGCCGUUCUUCUUCAUGGACGAGUACGACGUCUUCAUGGAUAACGUGAACCGCACGAUAGUGACGAACAUCCUCCUUAACCACGCGUCCAAGCACAGCAACAGACAGUUCGUGUUCCUCACACCGCAAGAUGUCCCCAACAUCGUCGCCUCUCCACAAAUAAGCAUACACGUAAUGGCCGAUCCGCGUCCAUAGCCCACGAGAAAUUCAAUGCAUUAUGUACAAAUGACAAUAUCAUGGGGAGUUAUAUUUUUAUAUAGAUUGUAUUUUUGCUGUACGUAUAGUUCUAUUGUACCAAAGCGGUGUUUUAAAUAUAAAUGUAAGUGUUUUAAUUAAA